ACGAUUGGGACGGGAUCCAGCGGAUUCUGAACAUCCCGGACCAUGAUGCAGCCGAGUUACGAAGAUGCGCAAGCACUGGCCGGUUUUGAGGCGACCAGCUGGGGACUGAACGUGCGGUGUCGGGCGGUUAGGGCUCGGAAGGUAUUGGGGUGGGAACCCUCGCGUCCGAGCUUGGAGGAGGAAUUGCCGCAGAUUGUGAAGGAGGAGUGGGCAUUACUCCAGGAGGAUGCACACUGAUGACCAGAUACCUUGCCACCGAUGCAGUGACGC